AUGGCACCGCCUAAAAAUGACGCCUUUGCAGAUCUAUUCCAGUCUGCGGCAGGAACUUCUCGUAAACUGACUGCUGCACCGAUGAAUGAUUUGUCUCUCAAACAGCCUAUGGCCAAGAAAGCCGUCGACAACGCAAAUUGGUUUGAUUUGGAAGCCCUUUCGCCCGGUAAUUCCUCUACAACAUCCAGACAAAUGACUCCUCAGAAGUCUGGUUUAUAUUCCACUACUGGUUUUGCAAACGCUUCAGGUCUGACGUCAAUUGACCCAUUCUCACUUUCAAGCUUGAGCGACAGCUUACCUCCGCAACCACAGCGACCUUCCAAUGCAAGCCCAGCUACACAAAAUGGCUCAUUAUUGGAUGAUGAAUUCACAGAUGCUUUUGUCGAAGAAACUCCCAAAGUAGCUCCUACCAGCAGUUCAAGUGUGUCUCAAAUUAAAACGGGCCAAAGAACUGAACAAACUCUGCGACAACAGACCAUACCGCAACGGAAGCGUGAAUCUCGAAACGACGACAUUAUUGCCGAACUCGUUGAUAUUGGGUUCUCUAUUGAAGAUGCGAAUGAGGCCCUUCUGUACGCUGGUCCUGAUUUACAGGAAUGUGUCAAUUUCAUAAUGAACAAGAACUCGAAGCCAUCACAGCAAAGAAGUGAAAGAAUGGAUUUCCAAAGGUCCCAGCAACGUUCCCCACCAGACUUCAAUGCUGCAAUUUCCGAUGUCUCCAAUAAACUUUACUCUACUGCAUCAUGGUUCAUUGAUACAUCCAAAAAGAAAGUCAUUAGUGGCAUCAGUACGUUACAACAGCAGCAUCUUAAUAACAAAAAUAGUGAUGGUACACCUGCUUGGAUGAAGAACCAACAUAAAUACAAAGACGGCGCUCUCGAAAGGAAAAAUGGUGAAUCAUACGAAGACUAUGGAACGGAUGAGGAGAACAUCAAUACCGAAGAGAUCCAACGAAUCAUUGCAACUCAAAAACAGCGCGAACGUGAGCGUCAAAGGGAGAGAUUAUCUGGAAGAAGUCCUAACCCCGAACUGCGUCCGAGACUGCCCCAGAAGAGCUCUUACGAACCACCAGAAAUGCUUCUUCGACCAUCUAGACUGAAGCCUUCACAUUCAAGUCCCUCUCCACGACCUGCUUUCGAAAGCACUGCUCCUUCUCAGCCAUCAAGACCUACUUCUUCUCAAUCAGAAACAACAAAUACCACCCCACAAAACAACGAAUCUGUUGAUUUGCUUGGAUUAACAAGUGAAACGAACAAGUCUCCAGCUCAGAAGUUCAAACUGGCGGGAAGAGGCAGCACAAUGGAUGGUUCUUACAGUAUUCCUAGCCGGAGAACGCAAGUAACUUCUAGUCGCCCACUGACCCCCAGAAUAGCCACUAACGAGGUUCUAAAUGCCUUUCAACAAUCUGAUUACGAGACAUUGAAAGAGAAAGGUGCUCAAGCAUUCUCGAGAGGAGAUUUUAAUGAUGCCCUUGAAGCAUAUACCAAAUGUUUACAAGCCAUACCAGAGAAACACGAGUUGAGAAUCGUCAUAACUUCAAACCUAGCUUUGACAGCAAUCAAGUUGGGGGACUACCGUUUGGCAAAAGAAAGAUGCAACGAAGGUAUUGUACUUGUGGGCGAGUCAUAUGGGGACACGCAAUGGACUAUUAAUGAUAAGAGCAUCAAGUAUUGGUACAUCAGACUACUUUCACGCAAAGCAGAGAGUCUUGAGCAUAUGGAGCAAUUCCCUGAAGCGUUGGAGUGCUACAUGUUAUUGAUCAGCAAGCACGGAGUAACCGAUUUGAAAAUAAUGGAUGCAAAAAGGAGAGUGAACAAGAUUGUUAAUCCACCAAAGCCACAGGUGAAGAGGCAAUCUGCUCUGCCAACUCCCGCCCCAGCAAGUAAAGCACAGUCAGAAAAGGUGCAAAGAAUUCAACAGCAACACCAAAAAGAAAAACAAGAGGAACAAAUGAAGUUUGAGCUUCAUGACAAGGUGCAUGAUAGAACGCUGCAGUGGUCCAAAGGAAAGGAGACUAAUAUCAGAGCAUUGCUCAUGUCACUCAGCGACGUCUUGCCUCAGAGGCUUGGAUUUCCUUUUAUCACGAACAAGGUAAUCACCAUGAAUGACUUAAUGUUGACUAAAAAAGUGAAAAUCAAUUACAUGAAAGUCAUUAGCAGCAUCCAUCCAGAUAAGCUUGAGCACCUUGGAGUUGAAGACAAGAUGAUAUGCCAGCUGGUGUUUGUGGCACUUAACAAAGCAUGGGACGAAUUCAAAGUCCAAAAUCAAAUAGCAUAG